AUGGAGCAGCAGAAACAGUUUUUGCUGCAGCAGCAGCAGCGGCAGGAACAGCAGGUGCAGCUGCAGCAGCUGCAGCGGGAGCAGCAGCAGGGCCACCAACAGGUGCUGCAGGCUGCCAUGGAUCGGCUGGAGCUGCUCAGAAAAGAAGAAAAGAGAGACAGCAAGCUGCUGCGUCUAGAUGCUUCGAAGCAGCUGCAUCAGCAGCAGCGUGUGCUGCUGCUGCUGCAGCAGCGAGCAAGGCGCAUGCAAAAGGAACGGCAGGCGCUCAUGCUGCAGCUGCAGCACCACCUAAACUGCUACCAGUUGCAGCGGCAGCAGCUGCAGCAGCUGCAGCAGCAGUAUUUGCUGCAGGAACAGGCACAGCAGCAUCUUCAGCAGCAAAGCAAGCUGCAGCAGCAGCAAAACGCUCAUCCCAACAUGGAAGCGGCGUGGCAGCAGCAGCAGCAGCUUGAUAGGCUGAAGCAUUCGCAGCAGCAGCGGCAGCUUCUGCAACGGCAUCGCGAGCAGCAGCAGCAGCAGCAGCAGCAGCAAACCCUCCACACCCCUCAGGGCCCCUUUCACAGUCACCGCCCAGGCGCCUGA